CCCGGUCGCAUCCUCCAGCCUUUCAGUCCCUCGCAGCAAUCAUGCGUCUCUUCGCGUUGGGGGCCUUUAUGGCCUCGAUAAGCGCAAUAUCAGCCCUGCAAAUCGAUCUCAACGACCUUGACACGAUCAAAGACGCCGCAUCCAAAACCGCCUACGGGUCGAUGCUAUGGUAUUCCGGCAACGAAACGGGUCAGAUUCCGGGAUCGUUUCCUGAAAAAUGGUGGGAGGGCAGCGCAUUGUUUAUGAGUCUUAUUCUAUACUGGCAUUAUACCGGCGAUUCGCAGUACAAUGACUUGAUCGUUCAGGGGAUGCAGUGGCAGGCCGGGAAUGGGGAUUAUAUGCCUUCGAACUAUAGUAGCUAUCUGGGAAAUGACGACCAGUUCUUCUGGGGCUGCGCAGCCAUGACCGCCGCCGAAGUGAAUUUCCCCGAAGACGACAACGAAAACGCUUACUCGUGGCUCUCGCUCGCCCAAGGAGUCUUCAACUCGCAGAUCGCGCGCUGGGAUAACCAACACUGUGGCGGUGGCUUGCGCUGGCAACUAUACCCGUACCAGGCCGGCUACGUUAUGAAGAACUCAAUCUCCAAUGGCGGUCUCUUCCAGUUGGCUGCGCGCCUCGCUCGCUACACAACGAAUGACACGUACGCGGAUUGGGCGACAAAGAUCUGGGACUGGUCUGCUUCUUCGCCGCUGCUGGAUACCAAGACCUGGAACGUUGCUGAUUCGACGGAUCUCAACGAUAACUGCACCACGCAAGGAAAUAACCAGUGGUCGUACAAUUAUGGAACGUACUUGAUUGGCGCAGCCUACAUGUACAACUACACCGAAAAAGCCGAAUGGAAAACCGCUGUCGACGGCCUCCUCGGCAAACUCCUCGACACCUUCUUCCCAGACCAGUACGGCGGCGGCAAGGUCUUCGCCGAGUUCCUCUGCGAAGCCAAAGAACUCUGCAACUACAACGAGAUCCUCUUCAAGGGAAUCGUAUCCUCAUGGCUGACCUUUGUCUCCCUCAUUGUUCCCGAGACAUACGACCAGAUAUACCCAAAGCUCCAGACAUCCGCACAAGCCGCCGCGCUCUCCUGCAGCGGAAUGGACAACAACACGUGCGGUGUGCGCUGGUACGAAUCGAAAUGGGACGGCUGGGUCGGGAUGGAAGAACAGAUCAUCGCAACGGACAUCCUCUCGUCCGUACUCGUUUCCGAGAAGAAGGUCGCGCCGCUAAGUUCGACGACGGGCGGGAACAGCACGAGUAACCCGAACGCUGGGACCAGCACGGGCAGCAAUGAUAAUAACAGUGAGAAACCGAUUACGGCGGGGGAUAAAGCUGGCGCGGCGAUUCUUACGGUCACGUUUGUGACGCUUUGGGGUGGCCUUAUGGCGUGGAUGGUGCUUGGUGGGCCGAUGUGAUCUUUCGUACUUUCUGCGCUCCGUAUUGUAUUUGGGUUCAGCCGUGUAUAUCCCGUGCUUUUCGAGGAGUCUGGUGUCACUUGUUAUUAUGAAUGUUCAUAUGGUUUUAGCUAAUAUGAAUACAGCAUUGUGUCUACGAAUGUUGACUGCC